AUGACAAAUCAGACAUUGGAAGAUCUAUUGAGGGCAUGUGCAUUAAAUGAUACAGGAAGUUGGAAUGAUGUACUUCCGUUGGUUGAUUUACCUACAACAAUAUUUUCCACGUUUAAGUAUAAUAUAUAUAUAUAUGAUACACCAGCAUUGCUUGGCAGCAAAGAUGAUCAUAAAAAUUUAAAUACCAGUUCUCAAGUUAAUCUUUGCAGCUUAACAGAGAAGACAGCUAUAGUUACUACCCAAAUAUCUGUAAAUUCUCAAGCUGAAGCUUCAGGCAAGGAGUCCUUUCAGAAAUCAAAGAUCACGUCCAUAGAAGGAAAUAAAAUUUCUUCUUUUAAAGCUUGCAAGAUCACACCUGCCUUUUCUAGCUUAAAGACUUCAAGGAACAUUGGAACUAACUCAGUUUUAGUAACGUCUUUACACCAAAAUGGGGCCAACUCAUUGGCUAGUUCUAAGCAAAGACAGGAGAUACAGACUAUUACAGCAUCAAAGAAUGAUCAUCUGACUGACAGUGGUGACAAUCAAAAGACUUCAACCCCAUUUUUGAAGAGGAAAAGUAUUCAGGUUUCUGGAGCAGAUUUAACAUCCUUGAGGUCCCUAAAGCGCCUAUCUCAGUCUCCAAGUAGCAGAAAUGCUGAAUCUAAAGAAUCAUCAGAAAAAGUUGUUGAACAGGUAGAGAGAAAGCCCAACAACUUCCUCUACUAUCAUUCAACCUAUGGACUUGAAAGUCCAUCAGAGAUUAAAGUAAUAGAAAUGGAAAUACCUGAUUCUGUACUCAUGGAAGAUAAUAGUAGUGUUGAAAAGGCUGAAGCAUAUACGAAGGAACUUGAAAAUAUUUGUAACAUGCUAAAAAAAAGGCACGAAGAAGCAAAAGAGUUAUUAGUGCGAAUUAUUGUCAACGACAAUAACUUGCUGAUGCUUAAUCAUCCCGUUUAUGAAGAAAAAAUUCGAAAGGUUCAGAAGUUUGCUUCUCAAUUGAUGUCUAAGGGGAUUCAAACUUGAUCAGCAAUAAAUUGUUGCAAUCGAAGGUAUGUAUGUAGCCUAUUCUGCACUGUAACAUUUGUUAUAUUUUAGUCACCAUUUGAAUUUAAGGACCGAGUACAUUCAUAUCAAAUUUGUAUGGUUAUGCCUCCAGUGGUGUCUGGACUUGAAAAAUAAUUUCUAUUUCCUUAGGAUGAUUGUCAGAAAUUUGUCAUCUCUUUAGUCUAUUAAGGUUCGAAGUUUGUACGAAGUCUAUUGUGAUACAUCCACAAGUCCAAUUGGGCGCAGUUGCGAUAUUUGUGUUGAUGGAGUUAAAUAACUUUUUAGCAAUGUACCCAAAAAAAAGCUUUUCAUCCAAA